GUCUGGCGUCAGCAUCAUCCGCAGUCGCCACGAUGGCGAUCGAUACGGCAGUAAAAUGUUCAAAGUGGGAUAUUUUGGGAAAAGCUCGACAUGCACAGGGAGAGAAACGCGAUCCCCGAGCUGACUGGCUCGAGGAGAGACAAUCAUGAAACCUGGUAUCAAAUGUAACGUCAAGCGCAUAAAAGCCAAUCCACCUGGGGGAACCACAUUUGUGAACUGAACACCAGAAUGAACGCAACGCGUUGUAAACACUGUCCCACCAUCAGGAGCAGGAGGUGGAAACCAUAGCAACAGACGUGUCCUGUGUGUGUGUGUCCUGAGGAUGCCUCUCUGUUUGCAUCAGCAUCUGAAGCAUCAUCCAAGAAUGAUCUUCUGCUCAGUCGAAGGAAGACAUGCUGUUCAAUGAUAUUGCCAUGGAAGACCAACUGCUGGAGGACAACUUAACGUGCAUACCACAACAAUAAUCAAACAUGUACCGUCUUUUGGGCUGACAUCCCUUGACAGUAGCUGCCAUGGCUUUUUGUAAUGAAAGCCUGCUUGAGGAGGAGUGCGGCUUCAUGGGGCCGGACAUGGUAGAAGAAGCAGCAGAAAGUCUCCCGUCAGAAGCUGCUACUCCCCUCAUAUCAGUCACUCUGCGUGUGACCCUGGCAGCCAUAAUGAUCUUCAUGAUUACUAUUGGUUUCCUCGGCAACGCCAUCGUGUGUCUGAUUGUUUACCAGAAACCUGCCAUGCGCUCUGCUAUCAAUCUCCUCCUCGCCACGUUGGCCUUCUCGGACAUUAUGCUCUCCCUUCUCUGCAUGCCGUUCACUGCAGUCACUGUGGCCACUGCCGACUGGAGCUUUGGGAGCGGGUUCUGCCGAGCGUCCAUCAUGCUGUACUGGCUGUUCGUCCUGGAGGGGGUGUCCAUACUCCUCAUAAUCAGUGUGGACCGUUUCCUCAUCAUUGUGCAGCGGCAGGACAAGUUAACCCCGCACAGAGCUAAACUGUUGAUUGCGGGUUCAUGGGUGCUGAGCUUUUGUGUGUCUCUGCCGUCUGUGGUCGGGUGGAGGACAGGUGCAGCGGGUAUCGGGGGUGCCUGGGCGCCACAGUGUGUGCUGGGUUACAGUGAAUCUCUGGCAGAUCGUGGGUACACGGUGCUGUUGGCAGUUGCGGUGUUCUUUGUACCAUUUACUGUCAUGCUGUACUCUUACAUGUGCAUCCUCAACACUGUGCGCCGCAACACCCUGCGCAUCCACAACCACACCAGUGAGCAUUCCUGCCUGCCAGCCCUCAACCAAGUCAGCAAAAUGAGGCUUACCGGGCUGCAGAGGCCCCCUCAGAUUAAGGUGGACAUGAGCUUCAAGACCCGAGCCUUCACUACCAUCCUCAUCCUCUUUGUGGGUUUCUCUGUGUGCUGGUUGCCGCACACGGUGGUCAGCCUGCUGGCCGUGUUCAGCCGGCAGUUCUACUACAGCUCCGUCUUCUACCCAAUCAGCAUAGGAGCCCUGUGGCUCAGCUACCUGAAGACGGUCUUCAACCCCGUCAUCUACUGCUGGAGGAUCAGAAAGUUCAGGGAGGCCUGUCAGGAGUUCAUUCCCAAGAGCUGCAGACUGUGUCCCAGAGUGCCGGGCAGGAGCCGCAGGCGAGUGAGGCCCAGCAACAUCUACGUGUGCAGCGAGACUCAGUCGGCUGUGUGAAAACAUGGAGGGCCACGUUGUCAAUGCACAAACCAGCAGGUGUUGACAUCAACAGUUUUUAACUCUUACUUUUCCUCAUAAUAAGCAAUCAGAAAUCAAAUUUUAACACAUAUACUGGUCUUUGUCAAAAUAAUCUCACAACAAGAAUGAGUUUUCAAUUUCGAAGCCAGCAAGGAUUAAAAGAGAAGAAUUCUACGACAACUGGACAACUCCAUCCAUCGAGAAAUGUCGUGUGAUAUAAUCUAAAAGCUCCAUAAUAGCUACUGAAUAGACCUUGUGGUGAGAUUAUUGGGUCUGCUGCUUUCAAACUCAAGAUAUAGCAGUUGUUUUUUUUACUUUGUGGCCAUUAUGGUUUUUGAAAUUUACUGACAAACAAUUCAAUAUCAUCCAUUGUCAAUUUACUUCUUCAUGUCAUAAUUUUUCCCUGAUGUGUUUCAUCAAUGGCAUUCUGUUUCUUCAGACUGUAGACAAAAAAAAGAAGCAUACACAGUAUUAGUGUUCAGUGAUGUUAUCAGAGGAAGUUUGUUAGAUUUCAACAGACGUCUUUUAAAAAAUAAUUUAAAACAUCUAAUUUGAAUGAAAUAUCUGCAGAAACACAACCUUGUGUGAGUUGAAACUGUUAUUUAAAACUGUGAGUGUGUCAACAAAAAAAGUGUGUCAGUUAUUGAGCUGUGAAUGUUUUCUUAAAUGUAUUAUCUUUUCAUGAAU